GUUCCGCUUCAUUUCACGAUUAAUAGACACAAGUUCGCGCGAGUGAAAUAUUUGACCUUGAAACAAAAUUGUUGCGACAAUGUUGAAGGAGUUGGUAAGGGAGCGACUAAUUGCGGCCGCCGACGAAAUUUUCGACUUGUUUGAAAGAACGAUAACGUCUUACGAGGAGCAACUUUGUCGAGCGACAGAGGAGAACGAGAGACAACGUCGACAACUGGAAGCUGUUUGCUCAGAGACUCACAUCGAAGACUCGGAUCUGCCCCCCUACGUUAAAGAGGAGGAGGAGGAUGUCGAUGUCAGCAAAUUGCCACUGACUGUCAUCUCAGUGAAAAGUGAAGAUGACGAAGACGAAGCGCCCGAGUCAUCACAAGUACCUCAACGGAGUCCAAGUGGAGACCACCAUGGAGGACCGCCAGCAGGAGACAACCUCUUAGCUCCACUGUCACAUAGUGACGACACGGAAGAAUCGUCGAGGAGCGGCACGGAGUGCGAAGGUGACGACAAACGCUCAAAAUGCUCUAAAAAGGAGACACAAAAGCGUUUCACCUGCUCGGUUUGUGGCGAAAGGUUCGCUCGAAAGUCAAAUAUGGUGACGCACAUGAGAACGCACACCGGAGAAAAACCUUUUUGUUGUUCAAUUUGUGGCGAAACAUUUGCUCGCAAGGUCUCCUUGGCUGGCCACACUGCCACGCACACGGGAGAAAAACCGUUCACCUGCUCCGUUUGCGGAGAAAGAUUUGCUUAUAAUUACAAUUUGAACAGACACAUGCACACGCACACGGGAGAGAAGCCAUUUCGUUGCUCCGUUUGCAGUAAAAUCUUCAACCAAAGGGCAAACAUGGUCGCACACAUGAGAACGCACACAGGAGAAAAACCUUUCCGUUGUUCAGUUUGUGGCGAUCAGUUUGCUCACCGGGUGUCGUUGAUCGCGCACACGGCGACACAUACGGGACAAAAACCCUUUCGAUGCUCAGUUUGUGGCGAAAGCUUUUCUUAUAAGUACAGUUUGACCGCACAUAUGCGAAAACAUGAUUGAGAAUAAAUACAAUCCUGCUCAGUUGAGCUGAAACUUUUUUUUUUAUUAUUACAGUGGUGUCUUGACUUACGAGUUUAGUUCUUUCCAUGACCACGCUCGUAACUUAAAACACUCGUAUCUCAAAUCAUCUUUCCUCACUGAAAUGAAUGAGCCCUUGUGCGCCUUCCCAUGUGCACCUUGGCCACCAGGGGCAGUAUAAUACAGACAGUUAAAGAACAGUUUCACAACUGAGUCAGUAAGCUGCAGUAAUACGAUUUAUUUUUGCAGGGGAUAAAGAACAUAUGCCUGUGAGUAUUGUAAUAUUGUCUGUCUACAUCAGUGGUUCUCAACCUUCGAUCGAUUUCAAGGGGUUUGGUGAGUCAGUCACGGGUUUGGCGGAGGACAAGUCACAUGCAGUGUACAGUACGUCCGUGCUUCCGUGCGUCCACCCGUAAAAGCCUUUUCACACCUGCAUUCAGCAGGGUUGCGGCGCGACAUUGACAAACCCAUUAACUGUGUAUGUGCUGCGGAGACGUGACGACGCAAUCCUUUGUCGUUCACGUAGUCAGGUUCAAGGUGGGUUGAAUUGAGAGCGCCGUCGCCGUGGUGUCAGAUGGCGCAUCCGAGACAAGAGGGGGGUUGGUGGAGACAUUUCAGAGCUCUAACAGGACAACAUAGAGAUGAAUAUAAAACUUACUAGCUAGCUAGUGGACUAGAGCAACCAAGCUAACUAAUGUGCCUACGUGGUGGCCAUGUUGGGGAGGUCGACGUUCCUACUAAAGACAAUGCAUGGACAUUACAAAUAAAUGAGUUUGAUCAUAUAGAAAACAAUUUUCAUGAGGUUUACUUUUUGUCAAUGUCAAAGUCUGUGCUAUUAAUGCAGAACAUUUGAAAAAAGAGCCCAAAACAAAUUCUUACCGAUGAUAGUCUAUUUCCAAUUCUCUUGUUUUAACUUUUUAUAAGCAACAGUAGCAAAAUGUGCAGUCAUCCUUGUUAUUUUGGUUUUCAUCCCGGCCGCAAACUUGGAAUACGCUGUCAUUUUGCAAAUCCUUCUGGGCCAAACUGAACGUUGUCAAACUGUAAGGACCACAAAGUAAAAAAAUCAGUAUAAAUCAUCCAUGUACAGUCAUAAAUCAAAUAAUAUGAUUGU